CCCUCGCGCCGGUCGGUCUUCGUUUGAUCUCGUCUCGCCGCAAGUUGCAACAUUAACGCCGCGCGAACUAUUAAAAUGAUCGCGACGUGAAUCUCGUCGCGAGGAUCAAGUGUUUUCUCUCCCACACGAUAACUGUGCCCGUUUCAAUUGUCUCACGCAAUCGACAAGGAUGCGGCGCGUCACGAUUCUGUUGCCUCUGCUCCUCUGCAUGUUAGCACUCGCUCACGAACAGGAUGGCGAGCUUUACUUUUCGGUGAGUCCCGCGGAACAUUCGGCCAUCGAAGGAUCGCCGGUUCGUUUGAGAUGCGAGGCUCAACCAAGCUCGCAUGUUAAAUACUCGUGGAAAAUGGACGGACAGCAGCUUGCUCCUAGCCCGCGAAGGCAUCAGGUCGAGGGCGAUCUUUACAUCACGAGGGUCAGUCGGAUCUUGGACAGUGGAAGUUUUGUUUGUGUAGCCAUGCACGAGGAAACCGGUUACUCGAUUGAAAGUUCGCCCGCCAAGAUUAACGUUCAAUGGGUCAGCGAGGCAAGCGUGUUGCUGCAGCAGCCGAAAUUACCAUCCGCGAUCCGCGUGGGCAGCGAGAUCGAGCUUCGAUGUCACGUCGACGGUUCCGGCGACAUGAAAUAUGAGUGGUUCAAAAAUGCGGAGAGCGUGACGCGAAGCGACCGUGUCGAGAUCAAGAAGAAGAAGCUGCACAUACAUAGAGCUGUCGCCGAGGACAGUGGUAUGUACACCUGUCAGGCCAAGAACGAGGCAGGAGCCUCGCCGAUGACCGAGAGUUAUCCGUUAAUCGUUUCCGGAAAUGAAACUGCGACGAUCAAGGUUGUUCCAAGAAAUCUAAUCGCUAAGCGCGGCGAACCGGCUGUGCUACACUGUGUCUUCGAGGACGCGGACGUGGUACAGUGGUUUUUCAAGGAUAUCGGCCCUCUGGAAUCCGACGAGGAGCAGACGAUUCUCGAGAACGGCACUCUCGUGAUACACGCUGCUGAUCAAAGGGACCAGGGAUUUUAUUCCUGCCACGGAAUAAGGGACGACACUACAAUCGUUUACACGGUCGAAUUACAAAUUGCCUAUUUACUCAACUUUUCACUGGCCGCCUUCGAACCGAAACGUCCGACUCAAUUAGCGAUUGUUGGCGAGGAUCAAGAAUUCCAAAUAAGUUGUCUGGAACCGUUAGGAGUUCCGCCACCUAAAGUAUAUUGGAGAGAUCCCACAGGACAUAUAAUAAGCGACACUGGCUCCGUGCGCGUACAAGACAACACGCUCAUCAUCGCAAAGGCAGAAAUGGGCAAGGACGACGGCAAUUAUACUUGUGCGGCCGAGAAUCUAGCCGGCGAAACGGAUAUAUCCGUCCAAAUAGUGAUAUCCACCCCGCCGAGUAUCAUAAGCUCUCCAGAAUCGCUUAGCGUGAUGGAAGGUGAUUCCGUAACAUUAACCUGUUCUUAUUCCGGCAUGGAACCGCCCGUAACGCACGUGCACUGGUUAAAAGAUGGAACGCAGCUGAGGGAAUCGGGCGGGCCGACGAGAUACCGCGUGACAGAUAAUCACGGCAAUGUUACCUUGCAUUUCAAGAGCGUUGAUCUGUCCGACAAAGGACAUUAUAUGUGCCAGGUAUUCACCACGGGAUUCCCAUCCUUGUUUUCGGAUCAGGCCAUUCUCACGGUCGAGGAGAAGCUCAAGUUCUCGCCCCAGCCUGUCAAUAAACGUCUAGAGCUCGGUUCUACGGCGAAGGUAUCAUGCAAAGCCCAGGGUGCUACAAAUCCCACGGUGAAGUGGGUCAAUGAAGACGAGGACGAGGAAUUCCCUAAACACGUGCAGGAUAUCAAUGGCACUCUGCACUUCAACGGCGUUUUGAUGGAAGACAAGGGUCGAUACACUUGCAUCGCAAGCAACGCUCAGGGAUCCAUCAAUCACACGAUUAGCAUCGAUGUAGUUAUUGCACCAAAGUUCACGAUACAGCCACAAAACCCAACGGAGGCGAUUGAAGGAUAUCCAGUGAUGUUACAUUGUGCCGCCGAGGGUGAUCCCAAGCCGACCAUUCAAUGGGAUAGGGAUUCUCGUAUGAAUAAUUUAGAUAAUCCUCGUUUCGAAGUAUUAAGUAACGGAAGUUUGUACAUUAAAGAAGUAUAUCUAAGCGAUGAAGGAAAGUACGGAUGUACCGCCGGCAAUAGCGGUGGGCUGAAACGGGAAGAAGUCCAAUUAAAUGUGAAAGCUGGAGAUAAUUAUAGAGCCGAUAUGGAUUUGGAGGCUAGUGAUGAUGGUUCGAUGAUGACCAAGACGGUAACGAUCACUCUUAGCGCAGCCGCAGCAUAUAUGGUACUCGUUGUUGGUCUCAUGUUAUAUUGCCGUUAUCGACGUCGCCGCAGGAAGCAACAAUAUUUACAGGAACAAACGGAAGAAAAAAUGGAAAAUGGCGAUGUACCGGAGGAACAAACAGAAUUAAAAGAAACCGGUAAUAAAGCCAAUUCGACGAGCAAGAAGAAGGAGAAUCGCGAUUCUCACAAGAGUGACGGCGCGGAUACAGCCCAGAGCCAGAGUAGCAACCAGUCUAAGAAAUCCAAAUCGAAUUAUGACAAAAUCGCCGCUUCGCGAAGCAAUCUGAAGGAACUGAAACCUCUCGGGCGAGGUGAAUUCGGCGAAAUUUACGCUACAAAGUAUCAGAUUGACGGUGACAAGGAAUCUUUGGUUAUGGUCAAGAGUCUCAUAAACACAAAGGACGAGAUUGCUCUUCAAGAAUUUAAGCGACAGCUGGAUCUCCUUCAUAAGCUAAACCAUGAGAAUGUUGUCAAGUUGAUCGGCUUGUGUCGAGAAGAGGAGCCCGAUUACAUGAUCCUUGAGUACACUGACUGGGGUGACUUGAAGCAGUUCUUGAUCGCCUCGCGAAAAGAUAACAAUCCAAGUCCAACGCAUGAGUCAAAACCGCCGCGUGCACCUCAAUUAUCGGUAGCGCAGAUAUUAUCGCUAUCGAACCAAGCUGCAAAGGGCCUAAAACAUUUGGCCGAUAACCGAUUGGUCCAUAAAGACAUAGCCGCGCGUAAUUGCUUGAUCGCCAGCAACCUGACGAUCAAAAUUUCGCUACCGUGCAUGACCAAAGAACCAUAUCAGCAAGAGUACACAAAGCAUCGAAACCAAGUGAUUCCGCUGAGAUGGUUGCCUUACGAGGCCGUGUAUGAGGAUGAAUUCUCUACUAAGAGCGAUGUAUAUUCGUUCUCCUGUCUCGUUUGGGAGAUGUUCCACCAGGGUGAAUUGCCAUUCAACAAGAUGAACGACGAGUCCGUGCUGGCUCAAAUUAAGGCGCAAACGCUCAUAUGGAAGCCACAUAAGGCAGCGCCGCCGGCUCUCCAGGAGCUCCAAACGCAAUGCUGGGCAAACGAUCCGCGCGAGAGACCGACCUUCGACGAGGUAGUCUCGAAAAUAGGCGAAAUUGUGGUCGAUAGCUGCCUGUAGUCUGGAACUAUGGUGAUUAAAUUAUGCGAGGCUCUAAAUAUCGGAAAUAUUGCAAUAGGGGUAAUGAUUGUGCGGAGCUGUACGUUGAGAGGUAAGGCUGACGAGCGCCGAUUAUUUAUGCGGCGGUGACCCAUCCUGAGCUAGGUGAGGGGACCCAAAAACCGUGACUUCGCGCGUACGCGAGAAUAAUUAACCGGCUUUCAUGUUAAACGCUUCGUAUCAAUUAUAUACGCGUAUAAUGAAUAGUAGGAGGAAUUUACCUUUCUUUUGUAAAUGGAAAAUGCUUGCUCAUUAAUCAUUGAACGCGCGAAAAUUAUGUGUUUCAAUGACGUUGAUACGUCCGCGCGAACCGUGAUGUAUAGACCAUACGCGAAAUUCGCAUAUCUCGUACCAUUUUGAUACACUUCGUUAUAUGUGAUCAAGUAAGUAGUAUCUCUACUGUACGAGAAGUUUUGAUAUAUUUUAUAUAUAUAUAAAGCUCUUGCAUAAAAAGGAGCUUUAUCGCAAAGAUUCAUUUAUUAUCAUUGUAUCUUGAACACUUUUAGAUUUUGCUAUCUUGUUACACGAAUUUUCGAAAUCGCAUGAUCAAGCAAUCUCCGUCUUAUAUCGUGAUUUUUAAACGUUAUCUCGAUCUCUUCUCUAUCGUUUCCAUAUUAUAUAUUACGUAUCAGAUAGAUAUAGAUAGGUAUUAUAGUAAACCAUUGGUUCCACAAUAAUUAUUCAUAUUACAGUAUUUUAUCGUGUCUACACUAGCUCGAUAAGGAAAUAAUAUUUAUUUCGAAUAACGUCUCUCUCUCCGCUCCAUUGACUGUUCUAUUGUCGGACUAAGUAACGAAUCUGUAUGGGCCCAUUCACGUUAUUCGCAAUUAAUGCAAUACUUAUAGUAUACAGUAUCGAUAUAAUAAUAGGGAUAUGAUCACCACACAUCGAAUACUCGUAAGAUAUGUUAAUCGUUAGAUGAGCCGCAGUUGGAAACUGAUGACGGGAACGUUUCAAUCGAGAUUACGCGGAUGUUCUCGAUGAAAUGUCAGUGAUCGGACUCGGCACUGCAACGACACGCAUAUUAAGAAAGUAUCACGACCAUAUCAAAUGACGAAGGAAAUCUUAUCUCCGCCUACAUACUUUUACACGCGCUCUGUUAAGACACAUUCAUAUAAAACUUAAGAAUUAUUUAUAACAUAUACAUAUAUUAUAUAUAUAUUUAUGUGUGAUAAGGACGUAAUCGACCACUCGUAUUUGACGAACAAGACGGCCUUGUACAUACCGAUGGUAUACGUGUAAGUUCUCUUUAAGCGCGAAAAACUAGCAUGAAUCAUCGUAUUAAUUUUCAUUAAUAAUGCGAUCAUUCGAAUCCCGGGUGAUUUUUCAUUGCUGGAAGAAAUUUCGUCAUGUUGGUAUAUCAGAGAUGAAAGGAUUAUGGCUGGAUGCUGGUGCGCGAAGAAAUGAUAAUGAUACAGCAUAUACAGAAUGAUAUUCGAAAACUUAUUUUUACAUACGAAAAUUAGAAAAUAUCAAUUCUAAUUGAUCAGACCAGGCGAAGUAUCGCUCGCGAUAUUUUUGUGCAUCCAAGAGAUUUACGAUUUGAUAAAUGGCGCGAACAAUCUAUAUGCAACGGUCCAAUAAGAGGAAUAUAUAUAUAUAUUCGACCCUCCGUAUUAUUAUCCGACUUGUACAACGAAAAUUAAUAUUCGUAUUUUAACGGUAAGUUGUAAUAUUGUUCUCUAUUUCUGCAUUUAAUUCUACUGUAAUAAUACUUACACGAGACAGUUAUGAAAUACGCAAGUUUGCUUCUUCCACUUUGUACAAGACUUGGGUCGAUAGUUCGAAAGAGAGAUUCGAAGGAUAGAAAAGGAAAAAAA